AUGUCUUUGUUCAUGCCGACGGUGUCAAAUAUCAGAAAGACCACGGAGAAGGUGCAGGCGAGGGCGGAAGAAAUCAAGGAGAAGACAAUCGAACAACUUGACUGUGAUCGCGCUGAGCAAAUACUAAGGAGCCCGGAUAAUAGGAAGAAUUUUGGACUCGAGUCUCUUCGGGACAACACGGGAUUGACUAAACAGAAAAGAAAAGAUGCCAGAAACAGAAUAUACCGACCUCGCGAAUGUGGCCCAGAUGUAUUCUUUAGCGGAAGCAUGCAGACCGUAGAUGUCUAUGCGUACGGUGUCAUCCUUAUUGAGUUGGUCAACAGGAAACCUCCUUAUUUGGAGUUUGACCCUGAAAGGCUAGAGCCAAACUGGAAGCCACCCAUCCCCAUGUUCCAUCAAGACCAAACGGACGACGAUGAUGUUUGUCUCUGUGAGGAAGAAUACACUGAGUUAAUGCUGUAUUGCCUCAGUGACAUUCCCAAGUACCGUCCAAGCAUUAAGAAGACUAAACGGUACAUGAAGCGUCUCCAGAUGGGAGACAACAAGGAUGUUUCGAGGAAGCUAGGCUUGCUUGAGGCCUACUCAUCCCUCCUGGAAUCGCACGUUAAGGAAGAGAAAGAGAAGUUGGAGACUGAAAAACGGAAACUGGUAGACUUGUACCAUGUACUGGUACCAAAGACGUUAUCCACAGAAAGUGGAGCGGCAAAGGGGGGUUGCUUCAAGGACUGCACCGUGUACUUUAGUGAUAUUGUUGGUUUCACUUCUUUGGUUGCGGAAAGCAGUCCCAAGGAAGUGGUCAGCCUACUGAAUAAAGUCUACACCAGCUUCCUUCGUGUUGUGGACAAGUAUGAAGUGUGUGUUGUCGAGGUUAUUGGAGAUGGAUACUUGAUGGUGAGUGGCGCACCCUGCCCUAACCCACAGCGUGCCAAAGUAGUCGCCAACAUGUCACUGGACCUCCUCAAACAUUAUGACUACUUCCCAAUACUACACCAACAACGGGAAAAACUUGUUAUCAGGAUUGGUCUAAACUCAGGUUCCGUGUACGGUGGAAUAAUUCAUCAGGCCAUACCCACCUUCCACAUCUUUGGCGAGGCAGUCACGAUGGCAUCUAGAAUAGCAGCAACAAGCAAAGCACGCAAGAUUCACAUCAGUGAAACUACCUUCAAACUAUUGGAAGAGUGUGGAGAAUAUGUUCUAAAGCGGAACACUUUAUCAGUUAAGGGGACAAGAACAUGGUGGUUGCUUGGCAAACUCGAGCAUCCUACCACAUCGGAAGCAGAAUCAGAACCACAACAAGUCGGAGGAUCUGUACGAAGCAGCUCGGUGACAGAAUGUGGGGACUGUUCAACAACACAUUGCUCAGAAACAAGCGAAACACUAUCUGAAAAAUCUGCGCAGGAUGUAGCAAUCACACUCACUAUGGAAGGGCAUGGAUCGCCGGUCUAG